CCACCCAAUUCUUCUCUUGAUUCCUAGUUUCUUGUUCUCCUCUCGAUUACGCUAACGCAAUAUGGACUGUACAAUGAGGAGUAUUUCCUUGUUUUCACAGUCAUCUAAUGGUAUUUCAGGAACUGCAAGAAGUCCAUUUCAAUGGCCGAUAAAUCAUCGAUUUUCGUCGGGCCAACGUGAUUUCAUUUGCAAGUCGUUGCCGGUGUCGUCGCCUAGUGCAACGCCAUUGAUCCCUGCUGAAAAUGGUGCUAUGUAUAAUUAUAUACGUCAACCUGUGAUAGUUACUCCUGAAGUUGACGACGGCACGAAGCACAGCGAAUUGGUCGAAAGAACUCGACGAGAACUGCAAAGAAGUACAAAACCAGUUGAGACGCUAAAACUUAUAGACAAUCUUCAACGAUUAGGAAUUGCAUAUUAUUUUGAGGAUGAUAUCAAUGCAAUACUGGAUCAAUUCUCUGAUGGCUUGCCUGAUGAAGAUCUCUUCACAACAGCCUUAUGCUUCCGCUUGCUCCGCGAUAGCGGCUACAAAACUGGUUCUGAUGUCUUUCUUAAAUUCAUGGAAAAGAACAUGAAAUUCAAGGAUCAUUUGGCUCAAGACACCAUAGGCUUAUUGAGCUUAUACGAAGCAUCGUCCAUGGGAGCAAACGGCGAAGAAAUAUUGUCAGAGGCCAAGGAAUUUACCGAAAUUCACCUUAGACAGUCGAUGCCUCGGUUGGUGCCGCAACUUCGUCGACAAGUUAGUUCUGCCUUAGAGCUCCCGAGGCACCUCAGGAUGGCUCGGUUAGAAGCUAGGCGUUACAUUGAAGAAUAUGGUAAUGAAAGUGACCAUGAUCCAGCCGUUUUAGAACUGGCAAGAUUAGAUUAUAACAAAGUCCAGUUACAACACCAAAUGGAAUUGGCUGAAAUAACAAGAUGGUGGAAACAAUUAGGGCUAGUUGAGAAGCUGAGCUUUGCCCGGGACAGACCCUUGGAAUGCUUUUUAUGGACAGUGGGACUUCUUCCAGAACCCAAGUACUCUAGCUGCAGAAUUGAACUGGCUAAGACCAUAGCCAUUCUAUUGGUAAUUGAUGAUAUUUUUGACACAUAUGGCAAAAUGGAGGAACUUGUUCUUUUCACUGAAGCAAUUCAAAGAUGGGAUCUUGAUGAAUUGGAAACUCUUCCACCGUACAUGAGAAUAUGUUACAUGGCUUUGUACAACACUACCAAUGAAAUCUGCUACAAAAUCCUCAAGGAGUAUGGAUUUUGCGUCCUUCCCUACCUUAAAUCCACGUGGAUAGAUAUGAUUGAGGGGUUUAUGGUAGAGGCAAAUUGGUUCAACGGUGGACAUGGACCAAAUUUGGAGGAAUAUAUAGAGAAUGGUGUUUCAACAGCAGGAGCAUAUAUGGCUUUGGUGCACCUAUUCUUUCUUAUAGGGGAAGGAGUUACAAAUGAGAAUAUUGCUAAAUUGUUGAGAAAACCAUAUCCUAAACUCUUUUCCGCAGCCGGGAGAAUUCUUCGUCUCUGGGAUGAUCUAGGAACUGCCAAGGAGGAGGAAGAACGAGGCGAUCUUGCAUCAUGCAUGCAGAUAUUAAUGAGAGAGAAAAACAUAGAUUGUGAAAACGAAGGCAGAAAUUAUAUUCUGAAAGCUAUAAACGGCCUAUGGAAAGAUCUGAACGAUGAACUGAUUUCACCAAAUGCAAUGCCAUUAGCCAUUACCAAAGUUGCAUUAAACAUGGCUAGAGCUUCUGAAGUUGUUUACAAGCAUGAAGAGGACUCCUACUUCUCCAGCGUCGAUAAUUAUGUACAGGCUUUGUUCUUCACUCCCAUUAAUUGAUUUUUACAUGUAUUAAAAUCUGAAGGACUAAUUUAUGUACUGAAAACAUAUACAUUUAAUCUUUGGCCUUUUUAUGUAAUUCUAUUGGUAUAAUAA